AUGGAGCUGUACCUCAUUAGACAUGGCGAAACGGUUGACAACGUAGCCGGACUGUACGCUGGCGUCAGAGACUCGGCACUGACCAUCCACGGUGUCGAGCAGGCUCGCCGGCUCGGUGAGCACUUCGCAAAGCAUGAAGUACACUUCUCGCACAUCUUCGCCUCGCCACUGUCCAGAGCACUGAAAACAGCUCAAGCUGUUCAUGCCGCGCAGAAGUCCUCAGACAAGGGUCAGGAUCAGCUCUCCAUCGCCCAGGUCCCCGACCUCAUCGAGCAAGACUUUGGACACUACGAAGGCAAAAGCUUCCACGCACGAACAGAGGCAAGGAAGACGGGCAAGGAGUCUCAUCGUGAGAAACACAUAUACGACCCAGAUUUCGUCGAUGUCGAGAGCAAGGAGUCUUUGAACAAGCGAGCCGAUGCUUUCUUAGACCAGCAUAUGAUACCAUUGUUCGAGAAGAAGCCUGUAUCGGGUCGAAGGAUAGUGGCCAUUGUGUCGCAUGGCAUAUUGCUGUCACAUCUAUGGCGCAGGCUACUAGCUCGCUUUGCCUCGAAAAGUGUGACCGUGGCUCCAGAGGUCAUCGCAGCCCGCGACAGCAUUGUUCUGGAGCAUCUCGGUGGCUGGUCGAACACGGGAUACCUCGAGCUCGUUCUCAGCCAAACUGAAGCGGUCGUUGGCGUAUCUGGUGAUGAGUCUGAGUUAUUGUCGACUUCUCGCACUGGCGACAAUCAGGAUCUCAAGACCAAGGUUGAUGCAACGGCCACGACGCCGCCUCCUGUCCCGCCCGUCAUCGAUGAAAAGAAGACGACCUCAGUCCCAGGCAGUAUGAAAGGCUGGACUACAAUGAUACGCGGCAUUGACAGGAAAGAACAUCUUACAGGCUUAAAGAGGCAACGUGGCGGUAUAGGCCGUUCGGCUCACGACGAAGGCCAGAAAAAGCUUGACGGCUUCUUCAAGCGGCAGCGUACAGGCUGA